AUGACGGAGAAACUCAAGGCGGUGAUCAUGCGUUGGGAUGCGAAACCAAAGACCAUUAAGAGGUGGCUUCAGAAGGAGAAAAACCCUGUUUGGGCGUUUCACCGCAUGGACCUUGAGAAUGCCGGUGACGAUUUAUUCGAGAAGAAGCAAUUCAAAAAGUGGUUUACUCUGGCCGUGAAAAAAAUGGAUGGAACCAGAAAUGUCGCGAACAGUGUGGAAGACGAUGUGCUACGGUUCUGGGUGAAAAGUGGAAAAACACCGGACAAAACCCUGGUAGAUCUCCGACUUGAUAAGAUGACCUCGAUGGAUAACCCGAUGUGGAACACAUGGGCCAAGUACACGGUUAUUUAUAUUGAGAGUUACCCCAACAAGGCAAUCGACCAGGUCGCCACAUUAACGCAGAGAUUUGGCGAUGAACAAGUGGCGACUUUUAUUGUGGCAUUGAAAACAGAAGGUAGGAUGGAGGAGUUGGCGACGAAACUGCAAGCUGCACAAUUUAACAUUUGGCUGGACCAUCGCGAAUCUGUUCAAAACAUCUUCGUAAAGUUGAGGCUCUCACGAACAGAUUUACAUGCAUACCACAAUCCGCUCUUCGACACGAUGCGCUGCUCAGCACAAGGAGAAGGCCAGAAAAACCGCUGA